AUGGAUAAAACUCAAAUUAUAAUCUUUGCGAAAAACGUUCUUGAUGUGAUUCCAGGAACCCUUAAUAGUAGCGUCAAGGUACCGAAAUUGGAUCCAUGUCAGUUAUGUGGACAAGUGUUUAUUCCACACCCCGCAAGUGCAAUCAAAGAAUUUACGAUGGCCAGCUGUGGGUGUCUCUAUUAUCAAAAGUGCCUCGAAUACCAUCUGCUAACCGUGGGAGCGAGAUGUCCGAAUAUGGGAUGCAGAUAUAAAGAUAUCGAAACCUUCCUCACUUCGGCUAUUAAUGAGACAGGGUCACAGGAUCCAAUGGAAAUAUUACCACAAAUCUCUACGAUAGCUCCACAGAAGGACCCAACUAGCAUUAUGUCUGGAAAUGAACGAGAUUCUCCAUUAUUCGAAAGUGACCUCUUGCAGAGUGACGCGAAUAAUAAAGCGCAAGAAAAAGAUAAUAAUGCUUCACCGCUCAAGCCAACUACUGAAAUAUGCUCCAAGUGUUUCGAAUCCAUCUCUUCAGAGCGAUCAAAGCCAGUCGUAUUAUUAACAUGCAAACACGUUAUCCAUUUCAAGUGUAUAGCUAACAAGCGCAACUUAUGUCCUAAAUGUCCAUCGGCGGAUGAUCUGGCAAAAGAAGGAUAUUAUAUCUCACCUGGCAUCUCACUCAACGAAGCCCCCAAAAAGAAAAGGAAGAAAGAAGAAGAUAACGUUCAUGAAAAUAAGCCUAAAAAGAUCUCAAAACCGCAAGCCAUGAUUCGAGAGUUAUCUGUCAUACCAAUUUCCGAUGAACCAUCAAUCACUGCACCUUCCGAAGAUUCCAACACGGAAGAAAUAUCCACUAAACUCUAUCGCCUGUAUUAUGAAGUUGAUAAUGUUGAAAAGAGCGGGAAUCAAACAAAUCGGAAUGUUAUUCAUCGAUAUUUUCAGUUCGGAAAAGCUCUAUCAGAAUGA